UAUGUGUGUGUAGGGGGAAUUUGUUGAUAGAUAGAACGAGAAAAACAGUCGCAGCAAAACAACAAAGACGACACAAACAAAUCGAAAUUAAAUUGUUCGAAAUCAAAUCAAAUCAAUCCGCACUGAUCAUCUGUCUGCAAAGAUUUCAGUUUUUUGUGUGCUCCAACGGUGGACCACAGCAAUAACAUACUGCGAAAAGUACGAAAAUAUCUAGAAGCCAGUGAAAGUGUAACGAGAUAAUCAGAUACAAUCAGCAAAUCUCCAGCAGCAAUGGCCACAUAUCAAAUGAACUUCAACCAGGACUUUACGUCCCUGUCCGUACUAAGUCCCACGGGACUUCGGCUGUACUCGAUAGCCAGCCAGGACAAGGUGGAGGAGAUAUUCGCGAAGGACAACACGGAGCAGAUCCGCAUCGUGGAGCGACUGUUCAACAGCUCGCUGGUAGUGCUGGUCACCGCCCAGAAGCCGAACUGCCUCAAGAUGCUGCACUUCAAGAAGAAACAGGACAUUUGCAACUGCUUCUACCCGUCGGAGAUACUGUGCGUCCGCAUGAACCGGCAGCGGCUGAUUGUCUGCCUGGCAGAGAGCAUACACAUCCACGACAUCCGAGACAUGAAGAUCCUGCACUCCAUCGAGAACAUCGCACCCAACGAGCAGGGUUUGUGUGCGCUCUCCCUUAACUCUCACCUGGCCUUUCCCGUCUGCCAAACCAGUGGCGAGCUGCGCAUCUUCAAUGCCAGCAAGUUGCGCACGGGCAUGACCAUCAAGGCCCAUGCCACGCCACUCUCGGCGCUGGCCUUCUCACCCAGCGGCGCCCUGCUGGCCACAGCCUCUGAACGAGGCACCGUCAUCCGAGUCUUUUGCGUAAAAAAUGGCCAGCGGGUGCAGGAGUUUCGAAGAGGUGUCAGCUGCGUCCGCAUCGCCUCCUUGGUCUUCUCUUCCAGCGGGGACUUUCUCUGCGCGUCCUCGAACACGGAGACCGUCCACGUCUUCAAGAUAGACCCGCGGGCGGUGGAGACCGUAGAAUUGAAAGCGAUUGCGGACGUGGCUGCCAGGUCGGAAAGUUCUGCCAAAGAAUCAAUAACAUUCACUGCAGCUGAGGAUGUCAGUAAAACUGCCACGCCUGUCGCUAGCUGGGGCGGAAUGUUCUCGAAGGCAGUGUCCUCGUUGCUGUUGCCCACACAAGUCAGUGAAGUACUGGCCCAGGACAGGUCCUUCGCCACGGUGCAGCUGGACCAGGGGGGCUUGAAGCACAUCUGCGCAUUGACUCGCGUCCAGAAAGAGCUUCGUCUGCUGAUUGCAUGCGAGGACGGCUUUCUAUACGUCUACGAGUUCCUUGCGGAUCGGGGCGGAGCCUGCAAGCUGUUGUCAGUUCACGAUCUGCGCGGAGCUCUGGAAGAUGUUAUCGAGCUACAUCUGAGCGAAAGCGUGCUGAGGUCGCAGACCAAGUCGUCAAACCCAACGAUUAUGACGCAGCCCUCGCUUACGAUGCUGAAGAGCUGCGCGGCCAGUGUGCUCAUCGAGAACCCCGAUCCGAUGCAAGACAACAGCUAUGCGAGUAUUUUGAAAGGUGACCAGGCGGAUGCCAUGUCAGAUUCCGCCAAGUUUCGCAAGCUCUGCGAUGCCAUCGACACGCCAACAAAACUGUACGACGAGCGACAAUUUCCACCCGUGGCAAUAGCCGCCAAGGAUUGACCGCGCCGCCGAUGCCACACGGAUAUGGUAGUACUAGAUAAACAGCCGACAAUUUAGCUCUUUUAGAGAAUUUCCCAAGAGCAAUACCUUAGAAAAAUCACCUCAAUCAAAAGCGCUAAGUUCCAGCUGGAAGCAAAAAUACUCUUCAAAAAAAGUAUUUUUAUUUUAUGUAAUGUAAAGCUUGUUUUUCCCGUCUAAUUCUGUACAUAUGAAGGUAUCUAAAACAAUAGCUCUUUAGAGAAUACGGAUGUUUUCCUUCUGAUUAUGUAUAUUUGUCUUAAGGCCUAGCAAGAUUAUUUUAUCUUAAUCAUUCGAACUCUCUCUUUUUGUAAUAUAUUAACUAAGGUAUAUGUAUAGUUAAAGAUAAAAACUAGGGAUAGAAACUCAAAAAAAAGAAAAAAACAAAGAGCGGUAUCGAGGAAGUUAAGCAACAAAUUAUGUACCUUAAAGUGGAGAGAAAUAACAAAUGUAUUCAACUAGCUUUGCGAAAUAGUUUUACCAUAUUAACUGAAGAGAAACAGGUGUAAUAUUUCUAAGAAAAUUCUAAAGUAUUCGCAUAAAAUAUGUUAAAUAAAUAUGAUUUUGAUAGAACAGCA